AUGCAGACGACUGUAUCCCAGGACCCUGUGAUAACGGCGGCACGUGUGUGGAUGGUGAUAACACCUACUCCUGCGUGUGUCCUCCUGGAUUUAAGGGAGAGAGAUGCCAAACGUCUCCCUGUAGCGAAGAUUACGAUCCUCCCUUCAACGGAGCCAAGGCUUGCGCACUGACGGAUGACACGACAGGAGCCAUGUUCUGUACUGUCUUCUGUCCGGAAGACAAGGAGUUCGCCAUACAACCUGCCCAGGCGUACACGUGCCAGGCUGAUGGAAAUUGGUUCGCUGACUCCGAUCUUGUGGAAGAUCAGAGUAGCCCUUGGCCAGACUGCACAGGGAGGUACCGUCCAGGACGCCCACACCUGCUAGGAUCAGUCCACUACUUUUCCGGCACUGACUGUCUAAGCAGCAUGAGUGAAAUCAUCUCCAACUUCCAUCAGCUCUUCAGUCAGCUGUCGUCCUCGCAACCUGGUGGAUCGGUCCCAGCUCAGCUUCAGAACGUUGAAGUGGAAUGUGAAGGGACGGCUUGACAAGUCUUCACAAUGCAUGGCCACGCGCCGCAGCCUGCAACUAUCCAGAUGUAAGGCCAAAUGUCACCGAAUCGACUAUGGCAUAACAAUUCCUUAGAGCUUCUUUGCAGUCCUUGUCAGGUUUUUCAAAAACAAAAUCCUAAAUCUGACGAAGAUAACAUACUAAUGAGUAUGGUAUGAAAUUCAUUUAAGAAAAGUUUGAUUUUGGCAUCGUACAACAAAACUGUCAACAGCUCUGUCAGAUCGAGAUUACAGCUGCGAGUUAGUUGACUGUUGCUCCGUAUUUCGGCCCAACAUAAAACUACUUAAUUUGCGAAAGUUAUUAAAUUUUGUGUUAUGCAAAAAGCAGAAC